AUGGCGUGGUCGACUGAGGGCAUCGUCCCUAAACAUUUAUUCCUUAUACUUCUUAUAUUUCUGAUCAUCAUACAAACAACUCGCGGUCACGCACUUGACACCCCCGAAAUUUUCGGACGCAGCACUGAUACUUGCUCCAACUCAUACAACCAAUGUGGCACCUCAUUCCCUAACAACUUCUGGUGCCCGACAUCAUCCACCUGCAUCGGUACAAGCGAUAACACCACAGCCAUCUGCUGCCCAUCCGGCCAAAGCUGUGAAUACAUCUCGCCCAUCGACUGCGACAUCCAACAGCAAAAUGCCACCACUUACCCCAAGAGCACCGUCAAGACAACCAAACUUGACGGCAAACUCAAGUCCUGCGGCGAUUCCUGCUGCCCAGUUGGCUACUCCUGCGUCUCAGACAAAGUCUGCGUCGCCGACAAAUCAACCACAACCGCCUCCCCAUCCACCUCAACUGGGUCAACAGGCGCAACAUUCACCAUCGUCCCAUCCCCGUCAGCCUCAACAAGCUGCGACUCCUUCCCACCAAAGGCAAUAAUAGCCGGCUUCUUCCCAGGUGCCAUAUUCGGCGCCGUCCUAGCCCUAUUGAUAACGACCUGUCUCCGACGACGCGCGCACAAAAAGAGCCAAACCCAAGACCAGAAAUUCAUCCCCCACUGGUCCCAACGCACAUCCAGCGGCGCAGUAAUGGGAAUAUCCAGCCCCAUGGCCUCAGAAGACGCCUCCUACCGAACAGACUUCCUCCUCCGCCCCUCAGCACGGAACUCAGUAGGCGGACGGUCCACACGAUCACGCCUUACCCGCACAGGAAGUCGAGUCCGCAGUCUCUUUAAUCCCGCUACCACCUCAAGACCAGACAAAGAAAAGGACGUCCCACCUCUGCCCAGCUUGCCUAAUCCCGUUCCGGCGCCCGUCACCCCGCCCCGACAGCGUCAGCCGAGUACUGAGAGUAUCAAAAUCUACUCGCCGCCGGGGGCUUUUGCGCAAUCGAGGAAGUUUCUAGGUCCCGAGCCGUAUCCUAGUACGGUUGCGAGGCCCGAUACGACUUUUUCGGAUCUGAUGAAGAAUGUUGGGUUUAGUGAUGGGAAGGGGAAUCCGUCGUAUAAGGUUUCGGAGGAGAAGUAG